AUGUUCUGGACGGAUUGGCAAGAUGAAAAUCCACGAAUUGAACGAGCUACAAUGGCUGGGAAAAAUCGCACUGUGAUUUUCAAGGUGUCAUCUAUAGUGAACGCCGGCUGGCCAAAUGGUCUUGUGUGUGACCCAAUAGCGAGACGAAUCUAUUGGGUGGAUGCUAAGAGGUCCUCCGUACUGGACGAUUAG